AUGGCUUUGGUGGCACCUGCCUGCACUGUCCCCUACAAUGGCACGGCGGGGAGCACUGGGGAUGGGGACAACGGGGACAGAGGCCCCUGCACCCCUCAGCACGGCUCCCUGGGCACGGAGGUGCUGCUGCUGUGCCCGGGGGGUGAGGCUGAGUGGCGUCGGGGCGACACCGUCCUGGGCACGUCCCCAGCCCCGGGGCUGGCCCUGCCCAACGCCAGCCUGGCCCACGAGGGCCACUACAGCUGCCACCACCCUGUCACCGGCGAGACCUGGGCCAGCAUCUGCCUGCGGCUGGGCUACCCGCCCCCGCCACCGGCCAUCGAGUGCUGGGCCACCAGCUACCCCCAGGCUGUGAACUGCUCCUGGGGGCUGAGCCCCGAGCCCCUGCUGGACACUGACUUUGUGGCCACCUACAGGCACGGCACAGACACAGGUGAGUGCACCCUCACGGGCCCGCGGAGCUGCUCCUUUGGGGACCUGCAGGUUUUUUCCCUCACUCCCUACGAGCUCAACGUGACCGCCCGGAACCCCCUGGGAGCCGCCUCCGGAGCGCUGCCCUUCCUGCUGGAGAACAUCAUAAAGCCGGACCCCCCCGAGGCCCUGCGGGUCUCCCCCAUCCCUGGGGAGCCCCAGAAGCUGCUGCUGGAGUGGAGCCCUCCAUCCUCCUGGCCAUUCCCGGAGUAUUUCCCGCUCCACUACCGCAUCCGCUACUCCCGGGACAACGACUCCGUCCCCACCACGGUGGGGCCGUACGAGCUGACAUCCCACACCCUGACGGACCUGGAGCCCGGCAGCCUCCACCACAUCCAGGUGGCCGCCAAGGACAUCACGGAUUCCGGGGAAUUCAGCGCCUGGAGCCCGCCGGCCUCGGGGACACCCUGGGGCCGGUCCCUUCGCCCUCUGCCCCACCCCGGCCCUCAGCGCCCACCGGGGCGGGGCCGUCACGGACACGGCGGGCUUGAGGGGUGGGCGGCCAUGUCGGACGUGGGCUGA